AAUAAUAUUAUCUUAUCCAAUUAAGGAUAAAUAUAUUACAGAUAAGAUAAUUAACCAUGAUAACAAAGAUUUGCUUAUUGGAAUCGAAAUCGGAAUACCAAUCAACCAGUGAUUAAGGACUAAGGAGUAUAAAUACACAACCAUGUAAUCAUAAUUGAUCACCCUAAAUUUCUCUCGUGAAACAAACAUCUCUCUUUUUCUCCUCCUUACUGAUUAACUUUCAUAAUUAUAUCUCAUAAUCUAAUUCAUAAUUAUAGAGAUGGCAAAAGUAUCAAUAGUCUCUUUUGGAGAGAUGCUGAUUGAUUUCGUCCCAGAUGAGGCUGGUGUUUCAUUGGCUGAAUCUCGCGGUUUUGUCAAAGCUCCCGGUGGUGCACCUGCCAAUGUUGCCUGUGCCAUCACCAAGCUUGGUGGCACAUCCGCCUUCAUUGGAAAGGUUGGGGAUGAUGAGUUCGGGAAGAUGCUCGUAGACAUAAUCAAGAAGAACGGUGUUAACACCGAAGGCGUGUGUUUCGACAAAGAGGCAAGGACAGCCUUAGCCUUUGUGACAUUGAAGAAGAACGGUGAAAGAGAAUUCAUGUUCUACAGGAACCCUAGUGCUGAUAUGCUCCUACAAACAUCAGAGCUUAAUCUAGACCUAAUCAAGCAAGCCAAGGUAUUCCAUUAUGGCUCGAUCAGCUUGAUCACUGAGCCAUGCAGAUCAGCUCACAUUGCAGCCAUGAAAGCCGCCAAGGAAGCCGGGGUUACCCUCUCUUAUGACCCUAAUGUGAGAUUACCUCUGUGGUCUUCCCCUGAGGCUGCUAGGGAGGGUAUCAAGAGCAUUUGGAACCAAGCUGAUAUCAUUAAGGUGAGUGAUGAUGAGGUAGAAUUUUUAACACAAGGAGAUGCAACCAAGGAAGAAGUGAUCAAGACCUUGUGGUUCGACGGUCUUAAACUCCUCCUAGUCACUGACGGAGAAAAGGGCUGCAGAUACUUCACCAAGGAUUUCAAAGGAUCAGUGAAAGGCUUUUCUGUAAAGGCAAUUGACACAACAGGGGCUGGAGAUGCAUUUGUGGGCUCUUUCCUAUAUUCCCUUGCUAAAGAUCCUUCAAUCUUGCAGGAUGAAAACAAGCUAAAGGAAGCACUGACAUUGUCGAACGCCUGUGGAGCGAUUUGCACAACCCAGAAGGGUGCCAUUCCUGCUCUCCCAAGUCUUUCUCAAGCACAAGAUUUGGUUAAACAAGGAAACUGAAAAUCAACUUCGAGAUUUUUUCUUUUGUAGAAGUAGUUUUAAGUUUUUGGCUUCUGUUAGAUAAGAAUAAAUAAGCAAGCUGUACCAGCUAUGCUCAUCUAAUGGGCCUUAUUUUAUAUUUCUAUUUUUAAGUCUAGUUAAUAGUUAAUAGUUCAUACUCUUAUAUCUUGUGAGUUAAUAGUUCAUACCAAUUUAUCAA